AUGAUUCACUCCAAUCGUUGCGAAUUAUUGUGCUCCUCAGAGGAGAGGUGUCAAAACAAUACUCUUAUUAAAAAAGCUGCGGAAAUAAUUUCCAAAGCUUCCUUUCUUCUCAUCACUUGCGGAGCUGGAUUUUCACAAGAUUCUGGACUAGCCGUCUACAAAGAUAUUGCAAAUCAUCACGUGUACAAAAAAAAGAAUUUGGAAUAUCAUGACCUUGCAAGACCGGUUUCAUGUUGUGAUGAAAUGUUAUUAGAAUAUUAUGGAUUUUGGAUUCAUUGUGCUCAAACUUAUUCUAAAACUUCCUCACAUUCCGGUUAUGAAAUAUUACAAAAAUGGAAAGAAAAAUUGUUGAACAAGAAAAUAAUUCCAAAAGAAUUUUUUGAAAAACAAAAAACUUUACUCUCUGACUCUGAGUGGUUCAAAGAGGAACAACACAAAGCAGCUCGAAAUGUUUUUGUUUAUUCUUCCAAUGUUGACAACCAUUUCAGUCGAUAUUUUAAUCAGGAAGAAAUUUAUAAUAUUCAUGGCCAUGUUUUUAAUUGGCAAUGUGGAAAACCAUGUUCUGAGAAAUCUGUUUGGAAAGUACCUAAUUUUAAGGAAUUUGAAAUUGAUGAACAUACUAUGGAAAUCAAUUCUAAAGAAUUACAAAAAUUAAACUGUCCACACUGUCAAGAACACUCAAUGCCAAAUGUACUAAUGUUUGGAGAUUUGGGACAAUACAUUAGAAAUAAGGAAGAAGAAGAUCGAUAUAUUGCAUGGGAGUGCUCUGUAGAAACAUUUUCUCGAGAAAUGCAAUCUAGAACUGAAUAUGGAAAUACAAAAUAUCCCUUUGUAAUUAUUGAGCUUGGUUGUGGAUUAAGAGUACCAUCAGUGAGACUAGAAAAUGAAUGUGUUUUACUGGAUUGUGAUCAAAGUUUUCUCAUUAGAAUUAAUGUUGGUCAAGAAGAAUUAGAUACAAUUCACAAUGAAGAGUUGAAGCCUUUGAGAGACGAAAGAAUUCUUUGUAUCCAGGGAGGAUGUGAAAACAUAUUGAAAGAAAUUGAUAACGAAAUUGAAAAGAUAUUAAAUUUCCAAUAA